UAACCUCCUUCAUUAUGUCAUCGACAUUCUUGCAACUGACUUGGUACACCUACGCCACGACUGCUGCGUCUUUGUCGAGAAAUCUUUACAAGAUCAAGUCCGCACUGUUUCUACCUACCUCUUUAGCUUCCAACAUCGUUACACAACCGCAGCCAACCCACACGGUUUGGAUCAUUCAAGGGUUUUUAUGACUUUUGCCGGAACGCUAAACAUCGAGAAGUGUAUCGGCUUCAAGCCAGAGAAACGCGCGGCAAUUCGAACUGGCGAGCAUUUUCGACCAAUUCCUAUCAAUUUGCUUCUGAGAUAAAUAUCAUCGCUGUAUUCGUACGCCAAAUGGUCAAUUAGACAAUUACGAUGUAGGGGAAAACUUUCGACAUUAACCCUCGAUUUUCCACGGCGACAAGCCAAAUACCCCAGAGUAUCCCAAGGGCAUUCUUCAAAGCCGGAUCAUGGCGCAACAACUUGAGCACAUAUUUGCAGAGCUAGGCAUCCCACAGUAUCUGGGUAUCUGCCUCGAACAAGGGUUCAAUACUUGGGAAGCGAUAGUGGCCACUUUAGAAUCCGAUCUGUACGCGCACUGUUCGAUUGUCGUACUUAAAUCUGAGACUAACGAUGGUUACUUUAGGGACGCUCUUGGAGUCAAAUCAGGUUAUCGACGUGAACUGCAAAGACGAAUCAAUAACUUCAGAGGUCUCGCUCCUGAUACGUCGUUAGUGUCACCAUCAAGAACCACUGCUUGUGGGCCUAUGCUUGAGGCAAAACGGCCAGGAUCAACACUUUUGGGGCUAAGAACAGAUCUGUUCUUACCAAAUGCAAGUGUCGCCGACACCCAAAGGGUUACUAAAGAUCUAAAGCCCGAUGAUAACACGCCCGAGCGAUCGCCGUCAGCGUUCGUGCUGUUCUCAAAUAGUGAGAAUCGAGGUCAACCACCAUUCAUAGGGAACCUUAACGAGCUUUAUAAGACUCGUGCGGCCAAGGCGAAGGAAAGAUACAAACCUGACUUGACCGAGUACCAGAAGACAGCAGAGUACAGAAAAUACAACAAGUGCCCACAAGAGGUCAAAUAA